GAUGCACGCGUAAACCGGAAGUUCCGGUAGCUUUUUUGAGCUUUGAAAAGCAGCAGAGCGAUUUGUCACGAUUUUUCCACAAUGUCUGUGAAGUUAAGCGCUUUGACUAGCGAUUCAUAUAUUGAAAUCAGUCAGUACAGGGACCAACAUUUCAAGGGGAAUCGCUAUGAACAGGAAAAGUUGCUGAAGCAGAGCAACACACUUUAUGUCGGGAACCUCUCUUUCUACACCACUGAAGAGCAGGUGCAUGAACUGUUCUCAAAGUGUGGCGAUGUCAAGCGCAUCAUCAUUGGCCUGGAUAAAAUCAAGAAGACUGCAUGUGGAUUCUGUUUUGUAGAAUAUUACACUCGGGGAGAUGCUGAGAAUGCCAUGCGCUUCGUUAAUGGAACAAGGCUGGACGAUUGUAUCAUCAGGACAGACUGGGAUGCCGGCUUCAAGGAGGGCAGACAGUAUGGUCGGGGCAAAUCUGGAGGACAGGUAAGGGAUGAGUACAGGCAAGACUACGACCCAGCCAGAGGCGGCUACGGUAAGCUGUCCCAGCAGCACCGAAGUACAGAGAGACCCAACUCUUUUUAGAUGGCAUCCCUCCAACAGUCUGCUUUGACUGCAGUCCUGGACAGAUUAAUUAUUCAGAAAGCCACAACAGCAAGCAUGACUGGUAAAGAUGAAGGAAGACUCCUCAGAUGGACCAUUUGAUCCGGAAUUGGAUAUCAAUGCAGCAAAGGUGGUGCAUGGAGCAGAGAUAAAGAUCUAGUUCAACUAACUGCUCGGUCAUCUUUACAAACACUUCAGUAAAUUUUUAGUCAAGCAUUUAUUUUGUCUUUUUAAGUUGGGAAAAAAAAAUAAAUCUUGUUACACUGA